GCUCUCUCGUUCUCGUCCACUCUUCUUCUCACGCAUUCUCGCUCUCGACUCUCUCAGAAUGCCCCGCCCAGCUGAUAGCCCCGACGUUGCGGCCUCCAAGACGCUCGCGUACAUCCUCCGCCACGGCGCCGAGAAGGAGGGCCUGCAUAUCCGUUCUGACGGUCUUGUGCGCCUCGACGAUGUGCUCGCCCGUCCCAAGGUCAAGAACCUCAAGAUCGACACCGAAGCUGUGUUUCGCCUCGUCGACGAGAACGCCAAGAAGCGCUUUGAGCUGGUGUUCGGGUACGACCCGAGCCCGCCCAAGCCGAAGAAGAAGCAUGUCCAGGCGCCCCGGAAGAAACGGCCCCCGCCCCCGGGGUAUGGCAAAGCGACGCCCAGCGAGGGAUCGGGCGCGUCCACGCCCUCAGUCGAGGGCGUCACGGCCGGCGUGUCCGGCGUGCAGCUGACGGGGGCGACAGCAAAGGAGGAGAAGGAGGAGUGGAACGAACUGCCGUUCGUCAAGCUCCCCCCACCCGAGAGCUCGUUUGACUCGCCGGAGGGCGGCGGCGUGGCGGAUGCGGAUACGGGCCACACCGGGCAGUGGUAUAUUCGGGCUGUGCAGGGGCACAGCAUAAAGCUCGAGGGGACGGGGCAUCUCGAGCCGUUGCGGGCGGAUGUGGAGGGCACGGCAAGGGCCGGUGUGCUGGUGCAUGGCACGCGAUGGGAGUUGUGGGAGACACUGAAGGAGAAGGGUCUGUCGCGCAUGAACCGCCAGCAUAUCCACCUCGCGCCCGCUCACACCGGCCCAAUUACCCCUCGAAACGGGUCCACUCUUCUCAUCUACCUGGAUCUCGCCAAGCUCCUCGCCGCCGACAUUCCCGUCUUCGCUGCAGCGAACGGCGUCGUCCUCACGCCAGGCGACGAGCACGGCACCGUGCAAAAGGAGUUCUGGCGCAAGGCUGUGCACGUCUCCAAGGGACAACGGCAGGUGGUCUGGGAGAAUGGGGCGCCGGCGGACCGCAUCGAGCGCGAAGGCGAGGAGGCUUAGAGCAGUGAUGUGAUCGCAGAUAUCAAUGCAUACAACUAGCUACCGG